AUGAUUCAUGAACAAGGAGCAUCAACACAAAGUCCACCACGAGAACAUCCUUUUGUGGCUUCAUCAUCUCCGAAUGUAUCGACAUGGAAACAAUUGAAAUCCAUUUACUUUUAUUCGACACAAUUCAUACGAAAGAGCAUUCAUUACUUGUUGGAGAAUAUGAAUGAGCUUACCCUUCAAUAUCGUCGGAAACAACAUCACGAUGAUGACUCUUCUGAAAUUGCUCACUUGAAUAUUGACUCGAUGAACGUCAUUCAACAACAGGGAGAUACAACUUCAACAACUGUCACAUCUUCGAGUGAUUACAACUUUGGAGGAGAUUAUGGUCUUACCAUUAAGAAAGGCCUUUAUGCUUGUGCCCGUUGUUAUUAUUCAAACUUUAGCACCGAAGAGUACACCUUUCCUCCAAAGAUUACACCAAAAAAUCAAUAUUUCAACAACACUGAGGAACAAGAUGCAGUCACCAUUGUUUUUGCCAUGCAUCAUGCGGAACAACUCUAUGCACCGAGAGAAACUCUCUACGAAAUUACCAUUGAGGUUCGAGCGCCAGCGUAUGGAACAGUUGAUUUAGUGCUUUCAAACAAUUUAGAACCCUUUACUAACGACUAUGGAAGCGAAGUAAGCCAGAAUUUCGUAGUUAAAAUUUAUAACCAUGUGUACGUGAGAAGAAUCAUUUCUCAUGGCCUCUCAACGAAACAUAGGGUAUCUGUGGACUAUAAAUUUAAUCACGACAAUAUGGAAGCUCCUAAAAUCAUGUACAUGUGUAACAAUACCGAGACAUGUGAAUAUCCAACCAUCACAGAAAAAGCCUUUGAUUUUCAAACCGGAGGACUUGCAUUAAUCACCUAUCUAAGAUCUAAACAACUUAUUACAGACUAUUCCACUUACAUUUCUUGCACCACAGCCAAAAGUUUGCAAAUUAGAAGUGAAGGAGCAUGUUACGUAGAGCUGAAGCAAGUUGCUGUGCUAUUCAUCUCACUAACGUAUGCAUUUGUGGGCUCAUGUCUACUCUUUGGAAUAUAUUGUGUGUGCAUGUUUUUGAUUGCAGCCUUGUGCUUGUGUAAGAAAGAAUUUAAAACACCUGAAUUUGCUUGA